UGCUAGGUGCAGAUAAGAUACUGAAGUUAUAUGAAAAGUCUAUUGAUAUUAUAUCAAUAUCAGAGUUUGCAAUUUAUUAUUAUUAUUAUUAACCAAACAUAUUCGGUUUUUCUGUAUUCCAAGCUGAUUCAAGCACAUAAAACUGUGUGCUGUUCAAUUUAAUUCGCUGAGCGUUCAUCGGUACAUUUAACUUCAGCCAAAAGUGAGUGUUGUGAAAUUCUGUGUUUAAUUACAUUUUGUAUGCAAUUAAAAUAAAAAAGAUCUAAACAAGAGAAUGUUCGAUCUUCUGCAACAUGCAUCUAAAAUAGCCGAGAACGAAGGAUUCUGUGAUUUUAAAAUCGAAACAAAAAAUGGUUCCAAUCAGGGUGAUAAUUACGUGAGCAUUUUGACUGCAAUUACAAUAACUGGAACAAAAGUACAAAAUGACAAGCUAUAUCAAGAUGAAUUGCAUUUGUUAUGUAAAAUGCCACCGUUGGAUGAGAUGAAACGUAAAGAUUCUGCAACGAAUGCAAUGUUUCGCCGUGAAAUUUAUGUGUACAAGAAUGUAUUGCCAGCAUUUAUCGCAUUUCAGCGUGAAAAGGGAUUGAGCGCAGUGGACUCAUUUGUAUCAUUUCCAAAGGUAUUUGAAUCCGAAAUGAGCGAAGAAAAUGAAACUUGUUUUUUAAUCAUGGAAGAUUUGCGACCGAAAAAUUUUGAAAUGUGGCCCAAGGAACAGACAAUCGCCAUCGAUCAUGAGCUACUCGUUAUGCGUGAACUGGGCAAAUUGCACGCUGUGUCAUUUGCGAUGAAAGAUCAAUGUCCCGAUAAAUUUGAUGAAUUCAAAUGUUUACGCGAUCAACACUAUGAAAAUGCACUUGAAAAUGACGUUGGCGAAUUUGUGAGAAAAACCAUUGGCACAACCACGGAAAUAUUGGAACAACCCAAACAUAAAGAAUUUAUGCAAAACUUUCGAAAUGCCUAUUUGGAUAUGGUCAGAGAUUACUUAUUAGGCGAAUCGAGUGAAGAGUUCGCGGUGAUCAAUCAUCAAGAUUGUUGGAUAACGAAUUUUUUAUUCCAAAACACCAAUGACAAUAAAACUACACCGAAAUCGAUGUGCUUAUUGGAUUGGCAAGCGGCUCGUUACUGUCCCCCGGUGCUUGAUAUUCUUUAUCACGUUUUUUCAUCAACGGAUCGUGAAUUUCGGGAUAAACACUAUGAUACAUUGUUGAAAACAUACUACAGAUCGUUGAGCGAAACAAUUGAAAAACUUGGUAGCGCUCCCGAAAAAUUAUAUACUUACGAUGAUUUUCAACGGCAAUUAAGAAAAUUUGGCGCAUUUACAGUGUUGUGUGCACCGCUAUUAAUAUUAUUAAGAGUUACCAAGGCGCAUAACGAAACGAGCACAAAUGACAACGAUCAAGAUAAGCGUGAUGCAGUUUUUAAUAAUUUUGAUGAAACGCAAAAAACAUACGUCAAAAUGAUUAACGAUCUGUUUCACGAUCUUGAAAAAUAUGGUUAUAUAAUGAUUAAUUAAAACUGAAAAUAAUUUCAUGUUUGAACGACUUAAUUCAAAUAGAGUGUUUCUCUUUCAAAUAAAACCAAUUUAUUGUUUUGACACUGCA